GCUCUCGCCUCUGCAUUUGUGCUAUGGAUCACCGAGUUUGCCUGGCUCAUCCCGAGGAGCAGUGCUCGGCUGUACUUCCAAGGAUUGCUUUCCAAAUGUGUUGGCUCUGAAGGCACGAAGAUCAAACUGAGCCUUUCCCGAAGGGAGAAUUUCCAUUCUGCUUGCCAAUAAUGCCUGAGUUACAAAUUUAAUGGCAGACCUUGAAGUAUAUAAAAAUUUAAGUCCAGAAAAAGUUGAAAGAUGCAUGAGUGUGAUGCAGUCUGGGACGCAGAUGGUGAAGCUGAAGAGUGGAACCAAGGGGCUGGUCCGUCUCUUCUACCUGGAUGAGCACAGGACCUGCAUCCGAUGGAGGCCCUCCCGGAAGAGCGAAAAGGCAAAAAUUGUCAUCGACUCCAUUUACAAAGUCAGCGAGGGCCGGCAGUCGGAGAUCUUCCACCGCCACGCCGAGGGCAGCUUCGACCCCAGCUGCUGCUUCACUAUUUACCAUGGCAACCACCUGGAGACCCUGGACCUGAUCACGUCCAACCCCGAGGAGGCUCGCACCUGGAUCACGGGGCUCAAGUACCUCCUGGCCGGGAUCAGCGACGAGGACUCGCUGGCCAAGCGCCAGAGAACGCACGACCACUGGGUGAAGCAGACCUUCGAGGAGGCUGACAAGAACGGGGAUGGGCUGCUGAACAUCGAGGAGAUCCACCAGCUGAUGCACAAGCUGAACGUCAGCCUGCCCCGCAGGAAGGUCCGGCAGAUGUUCCAGGAGGCAGACACAGAUGAGAACCAAGGAACCCUGAACUUUGAAGAAUUCUCAGUGUUUUACAAGAUGAUGUCCUUGCGUCGAGAUCUCUACCUGCUGCUCCUAAGCUACAGUGACAAGAAGGAUCAUCUCACUGCUGAGGAGCUGGCCCACUUUCUGAGGGUGGAACAGAAGAUGAAUAAUGUGACACCAGAAUAUUGUCUGGACAUCAUACAGAAGUUUGAAGUGUCAGAAGAAAACAAGAAGCAAAAUGUUCUUGGGAUUGAAGGCUUCACCAGCUUCAUGCGCAGCCCGGCGUGCGAGGUGUCCAACCCGCUGCACCGCCAGGUGCACCAGGACAUGCAGCAGCCCCUGUGCCACUACUUCAUUGCCUCGUCCCACAACACCUACCUGAGCGGGGACCAGCUGCUCUCGCAGUCACGGGCCGAGAUGUACGCGCGUGUGCUGCAGGCCGGCUGCCGCUGCGUCGAAGUGGAUUGCUGGGAUGGCCCAGAUGGGGAGCCAGUUGUGCACCAUGGCUACACCCUGACUUCCAAAAUCCUCUUCCGGGACGUGGCAGAAACCAUCAAUAAAUAUGCCUUCAUCAAAAACGAGUUUCCAGUGAUCCUGUCCAUUGAAAACCACUGCAGUAUUCAACAGCAAAAGAAGAUUGCCCAGUACCUGAAGGAGAUUUUUGGUGACAAACUGGACUUGUCAUCUGUGAGCACUGGAGAUCCCAGACAGCUUCCCAGCCCUCAGGAUUUAAAAGGGAAAAUCCUAGUGAAGGGUAAGAAGUUGCCCUGCAGCCUUGGAGCAGAUGCUGAGGAAGGAGAGGUUUCAGAAGAGGACAGUGCUGAUGAAAUUGAGGACGACUGCAAGUUAAAGCCCUGCUUUAGCAACGGCGCAACUCAGCACCAGGUGGAAUCUUUCAUAAGGACAAAGCUGGAGUCUCUGCUAAAAGAAUCCCAAAUCAGGGACAAAGAGGAUCCUGACAGCUUCACUGUGAGGGCCCUGCUGAAGGCAACUCACCAGAGCUUCAGUGCGAACCUGAAGCAGAACUCGGACACAAAAGAAGGUGGAAAAAAGUCUCAUGGUCGAUCAUUAAUGGGGAACUUUGGUAAACACAAGAGAGCUGCAAAGGCAGCAGCCAAAGCCCACAGUGCCUCGGAUGAUGAGGAUGGCCAGCAGCACCCUCCAGGCAAGGAGCCAGGGCAGCCCCACAGGCUUGCCCGCCGCAGGAAGACAGUGAAGCUGUGCCGGGCCCUGUCUGACCUGGUGGUGUACACCAACUCCGUGGCAGCCCAGGACAUCGUGGAUGAUGGCUCCACAGGGAACGUGCUGUCGUUCAGUGAGACCAGAGCCCACCAGGCAGUGCAGCAGAAGGCUGAGCAGUUCAUGCUUUACAACCAGAGGCAGCUGACCAGGGUCUAUCCCUCAGCCUACCGGAUCGACUCCAGCAACUUCAACCCUGUUCCUUACUGGAAUGUGGGCUGCCAGUUAGUGGCACUAAACUACCAGUCUGAGGGACGUGUGAUGCAGUUAAAUGAAGCAAAAUUCAGGGUAAAUGGCAACUGUGGUUAUGUCCUCAAACCUCAGCAGAUGUGCAAAGGCACAUUCAACCCCUACUCUGCUGAUCCACUUCCUGCCAGUCCUAAGAAGCAGCUGAUUCUGAAGAUCAUCAGUGGGCAGCAGCUUCCCAAGCCUCCUGACUCAAUGCUGGGGGACAGAGGAGAGAUAAUAGAUCCCUUUGUUGAGGUGGAGAUUAUUGGGUUACCUGUUGACUGCUGUAAAGAUCAGACCAGGGUGGUGGAUGACAACGGGUUCAAUCCUGUGUGGGAGGAGACCCUCACCUUCACCAUCCACAUGCCCGAGAUCGCCCUGGUGCGGUUCCUCGUCUGGGACCACGAUCCCAUCGGGAGAGACUUCGUGGGGCAGAGAACUGUGGCCUUCAGCAGCCUCGUGCCUGGCUAUCGCCACGUGUAUUUAGAAGGACUGACAGAAGCUUCCAUAUUUGUUCAUAUAAUCAUUAAUGAGACCUAUGGAAAGAGCAAGCAGCUGAUGGGGCUCCGAGGGCUGUUCUCCAAGGCGCCCAAGGCGGGCACGGCCGAGGCCAGCGGGCACCACGUGCGCAAGCGCUCCAUCGGCGAGCGCAUCCUGCGGCGCACGGCCAGCGCCCCGGCCAAGGGCAGGAAGAAGAGCAAGAUGGGCCUCCUGGAGGCUGCUGAGAUGAAGGACAGCACCUCCGAGCCAACAGACCUGAAGGACAAGGACGGGGUGCUCCGGCGGCCGAACCGCGCCUCGCAGGCGCGCCCUGCCUCCAUGCCCGUGGACAGGUUCCUCAUGGUAGAGCUGCCCUGCCCAGCAGAGGACACUGCCCAGGAGGCCAAGGGAGAGGACAACACGUCUGCCAACAGUGAUGACAAUACAAAUGAGAAGGAAACAAGCUUGAAAGAAUUGGGUUUUCCACGUUCAGAGCAAAAGUCAAAUGCUUCAAAUUUAGCAUCUCAGUUCAAGAAGGAGAAUGACCAGAGGGAUUCUACAGCUGACUGUUUAGUACCACCUCCACAGGAGCAACCUGAACAUUUGGUUUUUGCAAAUGGUGUAGCUCAAGCAAAUCACCUUGUGGAUUACCAGGAGAAUAAUCUUUCUGAUGGAACUGUCCCCCUAACGCAAGACUCUGACUCUGAACUUCCCACAGAAAAAUUACACCACAAAAAUGGUGCAGACGGUAAAAAGGAAGAUGACACAAAAGGAUCUAAGGAAGGGAAGAUCAGUCUCAUGGGGACUUCUGUUUCUCAGAACGCAGAGGUAGAGAAUCACAAAUGUGACACAAAGAAAAGCACUGCAGCACCUCUUUCCCCUUCUUCUGCUGUGUGCUCACCUGACUGUCACUCCACGGUGGCCCUGCAGGACAGUGACAUUUCUCACCUCAUUGAUGAAGUCUCUCUCUCGACUGAGAGCGAACUGGACAGUGCUGUGUCCACUCUCAUCGGGCAGCUCGAUGGCACAGAUGUCCAAACUCCCCUUCCCCCUGUCUCCAGCCCCCACGGCAGCAGCAGCCAGACCCCCAGGGCAGGGAAUGCAGUCCCGAGCAGCCCCUGUAGGCACAACUUCACUCCCACAAAAUCCAACAAAUCCUCUUUGUUCUCCAGCCUGGAGGAUGCAGAGUAUCACACAUACACAGUUCUCCAUGAGGCAUCUCCAGCUUCUGAAUGUAAGAGCUACAGGGCAUUAGUUUGCAAGAAAAGAUUAAACAGUCUAGAAAGUAACUUGCCCAGCUCUUCUUGUCCUUCAUCCCUCUCUCUGCUAAACGCAAAUCCCAAAAGGAACUGUGCUACAAAGUCUGGACCAAGCUGGGAAGCCCCCGAGCCUGCCAGCUCCUUUGGGUCCAACAGCCUCAUCUUUGAGGAGGCGCUGGGGCGCCCUGUCCCUGGGGAGCACUCGGACAGCAGCAGCCUGCUGGAGGUGGAUGGGGACUGCCAGGAGCUCCUGGUGACCGCCCGUGAGUACAGACGGGAGGACAUGAGCCAGCUGGCCUCUCCCGUGAGCCUGCGGCAGAAGCAGGACGCCGGGCACGGCGGUGACAGGACCUCUGGGAGCAGCUCCGCCGCUGCGCUCUGUGCCGCUGCCUGCGGGGCUGCAGGGAGCCAGCUGGCUCUCCCCGCGUGUGAGAGCGCCGGGCUUUGGUGGCAGCAGCCCUCGGAGAAGCACAAGGCCGCGGUGUGUGCCCCCCAGGCCAGCUCAGCCUGCCCCCUGCGCCCCGGCGCUCUGCCGUUCCCCACACACCCGGCCAUCCAGCAAAGCAGCCCCUGCAAGUCCAAGAGUCUGGGAGACCUGACCUCGGAGGACAUUUCGUGCAACUUUGAGAGUAAGUAUCAGUACAUCAGCAGGAGCUUCAUCUCCUCGGGCCUGAGGGACAGGAAGGUGGCCGCCAUGCAGGGCGUGCGGCCGCACUCGACGGACGCGCUGACGGAGCAGCUGCGGAGGCUGCUGUCCCCGGAGCAGGAGGACGGCCGGGAGCCGCUGUGCCCCAGGCAGCCGGACGAGGAUUGCCCGCGGGCCCUGGUGAGGAAGCUGUCGUCCCGCAGCCAGAGUCGGGUGCGGAACAUCGCUAGCCGCGCCCGGGAGCGGCAGGAGGCGGCGGGCAAGCCGCGGCCGUGCGGCGGCAGCGCCGUGCCCGGGGUGGUGCUGCGGAGCAAGGCCCCGGGGCCUUCGCUCGCCGCCAACCGGCACUCCACCGGCUCCUGCAUCGGCCGCUACCUGCACGGCUGCCCCGGCGAGCGGCGCGGCGUGCCCGAGGGAGCCUGCUCCGCGCUGCAGCACGGCUGCGGGGAGCUGCCGCUGCCGCCCAGCGCCCAGGAGCAGCCCGAGAUCUAUUUCCUGCUCCGGCUCUAGGCACGGCCCCGGACUGUGCUGGGCAGGGACCGUGGCGAGGAGCUGCUCGGAGCCCGCGGGGUGUUUCUGAGCGCCGUGUAAUGCCCGGGAGUCAGGGGUGGCUUAGCGCGCCCCUUCCUGCCAGGGCUGAGGGAAGCAGAGCCACCCUCCAUCCCUCGGGGUGCUGUGCCCGUGUGCGUUUGUAGCAUUCUGUGUCUGUCGUGCCGUGCUCCAAAGCCUGACGUUGCACUGAAGGCAAUACUGGUUUCCUUGUGUCUUGUCCGUCUGCUCGGAAAAACACUUUUGGUGAUCACUUUUGGCCUUUUGUGAGGAUUCUCCAAAGCACUGUGGUGUCUGGAAUGCUGGACUGGGGCUUGUUCUGCCCAACAGGCAGCAACCCUUCAUUAGCAUCACAUGUUCUGAAUUGUUACUAUAAAUUUUAUGUGUUUUCAUGUAUGAACUGUGAGUCUGCAGCAAAUGGUUUGUAGAAUUAGGGUUAGUCCAGAUUUGUGAGUCCUGUGUAGAUUUGUCUUCUGCCCUCUCUACAAAGUGUGACAACAGUUGUCUUCCUUUUUUGGUUGCUGUGUUGAUUUGGGACAGAGUGGAAUGUGGGAGUAAUUCUGCUUUUAUGAAUGAAAACGCUUAAUUUCUGCUUAUUUUGUUCUGUAUUUUUGCUGUUGGUUGUGUGAGUAGCUUUGGCACAGUAGAUCCAUUUUCUGUAUAUUUGUAAUUUUAUUGCUAAAUUGUCGACAGUCAGUGGAAUAUUUAAACUGACAUGGUAGAGUGACUAUUUUGACUGUUCACCUUUUUCUAUGAAGGCUGAAAGUGAAUUGGGUGAAGGAAUCUCAGACACCUAAAGCUUCCCUGUAGGGAACAACAUAGCUUUAUUUUGGUUGGAAGAUACUCUAUGCCUUUGCUGUAAGUUUUUCUGAUAUGUCAAAGACGUACCUUUUACCUCUUUCUUUUGUAAU